UGUAAUUAACAACACAUAAAAUGAUUACUUUCCACACGAAUAGAUGUAUGUAGAGUAUCAAACUGCAGUGUCCACCGAUGAGGAACACGACAGCCAACAGAGCUGCGGUCUUUGCAGUCAUGUGAUCAAACAUAUUGCCUCUAUUCCAUGGGAGGAUGAGAAAUUGAGACAUUCUGCUUUCCAGCUGUAUUGACAUUGCGACUUCAACAAAAACCACGAUGGAGUUGUAAAAGAGGUGCCAGGUUCCAAGGAUAUAUUAACAGACCCCGCGUGAGCAGCCGCCAUGUCGGAGAACAAACUCCGCAGACGUGGGUCCUCCAGGUCUUCCAGACGUCGCCGGCGUAGACGAUCUACUCACAGCAUGACGUCAUCCUACGGCGGGAUGGACGAAGAUGACGAGAUGCUGAAAAUGUUCGACAACGACGAAGACGAAGACGACAUCGAGAUCAAUAACAACCACAACGACGAUGAAGGCGACGACGAUGAGAAUAACGGAGAUGGCGAGAAGGACAGAAUUGCCGAAGAACUGGACGCCAGAAGACGGAAGUUGGAAGAAGCGCUCAAGGAAGAAAUGCUUCUGCAGAAGAUUGAGCAAUGCAAAAGUCUCAUAGAAAGCGUCAAGCAGCAGCUGAUGAAACAAGCGAUGAGAUGGUGGAACAACGUCAUGGCGAGCCUGGUACCCUGGGAGAUGAGAAUCAAGCGCAUAGAGAGUCAUUUUGGCUCUGUGGUGGCGUCAUACUUCAUCUUUCUCCGCUGGUUGUUGUGGAUCUCUGUGUGGCUGGCGGUAAUACCCUCCUGCUUCAUCAUGAUUCCAGAGAUGGUGUUAGGCUCCGCCCACGGCACCACCAACAGAAAGACGAUACCAGCCGACAAGGAGAAGACAGCUUACGACCUCAAGACCAUCUGGAACGCCGAGGGAGUUGUCGAGUAUUCUCUUCUGUUUUACGGUUACUAUGGAAACGAUGGCAUCAUAGGUCAGGGGUACAGGAUGCCAUUAGCCUACUUACUCACCAGUCUCACUACCUUCGCCUUCAGUUUUAUUGUCGUCCUUAAAAGGAUGGCCAACAACUCCCGUCAGAGUCGCCUCUCCAACAAGGACGAGCAGUUCACCUUCUCCUGGAAGUUGCUCACGGAGUGGGACUUCAUGAUCGCCAACCAGGAGACCGCCACCACCAAACACGCCUCCAUCACCACCACCUUCAAGGAAACCAUCUUGGAAGAACAGGAGAAGGCACGAGAGGGGAAAGUCUGGCUGUUGCGGUCUCUGCGCGUGGCGGCAAACGUCAUCAUUCUCCUGCUGCUGGCUCUGAGCACAUACGUCAUUCAGCUGUUUGUGGAAAGGUCGAGGGAGAUGGAGCUCAAGGUCAGGAACGACCCCAACUACGAGGCGGGAUUCUGGGCCGAAAACGAGUUGACGGUAAUCAUGACCUUGAUUUCUACAAUUUUCCCAAACAUCCUUGACCUUAUCAGUCUGAUGGAGAAGUAUCACCCACGAACAAGUUUGAGGCUCAUGUUAGGAAGGUGAGCAUGCAUAGCCUUAACUUUUAGCAAACAUUCUGCUGAUCUGUUAUUGGAUCUAGUGUACCUAUGUCCCAUUUUGCAGAAUAUGUGUAAUGAAGACAGUCAUGAGGCGCUGUUCUCUGCUGUGACGUUAAGGCCCU